UGUAUUUCUUGGUCUCCGGCACGGAAGUUUUAUAACAGCAGGGUUAUGUACAGUUUCAACAUGAGUAAAUGUCAAUUUUAAAUUAACCUCCAAAAAAAAAACUAAAACAUGGUGAAUAUCGGCCUCACCAAAGUGGACGAUGCGCUGGCAGCAAAACAUCCGGGUUUAGGUAAUUAUGCUGCCUGUCAGUCUCACGCCUUCAUGAAGGGGACUGGCACCUUUAUACUGGGCACUGGCGGUUUAUUUGCUGUUCAGAAAGCUCUCCAGAGGAAGCUGCCCUAUCCUCUUCAGUGGAACUUACUUAUUUCAAUAGUGGCCUCGUCAGUGGCAAGUUAUUCAGUGACUCGCUGGGAAACGCAGAAAUGCUCAGACCUCUGGAUUCUGCAAGAAACAGGAAAAGUCCCAGACAGAUCCCCGCCUCAGGUGUCUAAACCAGAAGAACCAAAAGAAACUGGGAAGACAAAAUAUGGUGACGUGAUGGAUUAAAAAUGUAUUUUUAAACAAUCUUGUGCAUCUCCUGUGCAUAAAAACUCUUGUGAAUGUGUCAUGGUGGAGUUAUUAAGAUAAGCUGCAUACCGGGUGUGAAACGCACACACCUUGUUUUUCCCUCUGCAAUACACAACAUUAAUAAAGUAUCAUUUUUAUCUUGAUGGGGGCGUUUAAGAGUUUGCAGAGCUUGUGAAUUUCAUAACAGCAUUACUGUGUGGAUAAGCAGAUGAGUUUCCUGAAGCAGAGGUCAGGCAUUAGUUCGGGGUUUUUAGGAGGAAUCCGAUGUUAAGCUCGUGAUCCUGUAUUAUGGUGUGGAUGCGUUUGUUUGACAUGCAACUGAAUUCACACUGAACUCCCAAAACCAGCCACAUCUAAUAGCCCGUUUCUGUUUCUCAAGCUUUUGAACGUAAUUUACACAUUGAUCAUAGUAGUCCAAAUCAUGUUUGGUUUACAUGACAGAGAGCAAACCAACGUGGAGUGAUGUAUCCCUUUAAGUAGAUAUACACUCUUCACUGAAGGCUGCUGUAUAAUCAUGAAACCAUUUACUGUUUGAGCCGAUGCGUGUUCAUUCAUCCGUCUUCAGUUGAGUGUUGAUGCAGUGAACCCUGCGACCCCUUGAGAUGAAUAAAUAUUAAUCCUGUUCACUCUUAAACCAACUUGGCAUCAGUGCAGACGCAUAAAAUCCACGAGGUAAGGUGGUAAUUCAGAGUGACAGCACUAGCAUUAUGUUUGGUGGACGGUGAAUGGUAGUAGAAAUUAAGAAGGAUUGACAUUUCGGUGUAAGAUAGAAAGGAAUUGGCUCAAGAUGAAGGUGAACAAAGGAACUGAGAUGAGAAGAAUCCUUGUAACAUCUACCUCCAUCCGGCAUAUGGCUGCCUGUUUUAUGAUUCAACUUGAAGGUUUGCUUAAUUAUGCAUAUUCAAAGUCACAAUAAAGACAGAAAUACAUAAAUGCGUA